AAUAUGUGAUGUUUGUCUUUUUUUUACUAUUUAAUGAUCAUGCAUUGCAGCAUUGGACAAAUAUAAGAAUCGAAAUUUGUUGUGGGUUUUUGGUUUUGUGGGUAUUUGCAGAGAAAAAAAGAAAAAAAAAUCGAAGGCUGCCACAAGAACAAUUCAUGUGUCAAGAAUGGUGGAUUUGUCACGUUUCUGAUUGUAACAGCUGGAACGGAGAAAUUACCCCAGACAUUUUAUAAAAUGAUACUUAAUUGGGCCUCUUCCAAUGUGAAAAAACACAAAUUGCAGCAAGUGCUAACAAACAAGUUGCCAAGGCGACGCUGUCAGUUAGUCGGUAGCUUACUUAUGUCUUGUCACUCAACACAGCCAUCGCCCGCCCAUACUUCUCCUCCCCUUCUUACUCGAAUUACUAUAUAAGCAUCUAUUCUUCCUCCUCCUUCCUCGCCAAGUCUCAUUUCCUUCUCCAAAUCCACCAGCCAUUUCUCCUUAAGCAUUUGCUUCAAUUCUUACCCAUUACUAAAAACUAUGAUCUCUUCAGUUAAGCACACGCCAUCGCCAUCUCUGGCUUCCCAAAAUUUCUUGUCCAAGAAACGUUUUUUACCCACAAGACUAAGUUUUUCUUCACCGGCCAUCAUCCUAAAUUCUAUCUGUAACAACAACUCCAUCGCUGGAGACAAACCUCUCCACAUUUCUUCAACCGAAAGCUUUACAUUUUCCCCAAAACAACUCAAUAAGCAGCUCGAAACGCAGUGCAAUGCUUAUGAAGCAGACAGGUCUCGCCCUCUGGACUUGAACAUCGAGGUUCUUGACGAGCAGGCCAGGUUCGAGGCCGCCCAGAGAAUCAAAAUUGGCAUAUACUUCGCCACUUGGUGGGCGUUGAAUGUGGUGUUCAAUAUUUAUAACAAGAAAGUUUUGAAUGCGUUUCCUUAUCCUUGGCUUACUUCUACACUUUCCCUUGCCUGUGGCUCUCUCAUUAUGCUGAUUUCUUGGGCUACCAGGAUCGCCGACGCUCCUAAAACUGAUCUUGACUUUUGGAAGACUCUAUUUCCAGUUGCGGUGGCACAUACAAUUGGGCAUGUGGCAGCAACAGUUAGUAUGUCAAAAGUUGCAGUUUCAUUCACCCAUAUCAUCAAGAGUGGUGAGCCUGCGUUCAGUGUAUUGGUUUCAAGGUUCUUAUUGGGUGAGACGUUUCCCUUGCCGGUUUAUGCAUCACUUGUGCCCAUUAUUGGAGGCUGUGCACUUGCAGCACUUACAGAGCUCAAUUUUAACAUGACUGGAUUUAUGGGAGCUAUGAUAUCGAAUCUGGCCUUUGUGUUCCGAAACAUCUUCUCAAAGAAAGGGAUGAAGGGAAAUUCAGUUAGUGGGAUGAACUACUAUGCUUGUUUAUCCAUGAUGUCUCUACUGAUUCUCACACCAUUUGCACUUGCUGUUGAAGGCCCUCAAAUGUGGGCUGCUGGCUGGCAAACUGCUCUUUCUCAAAUUGGACCCAAUUUCGUUUGGUGGAUGGCAGCCCAGAGUAUCUUCUAUCACUUGUAUAACCAGGUUUCAUAUAUGUCGCUGGAUCAGAUAUCUCCAUUGACAUUUAGCAUUGGAAACACAAUGAAGAGAAUAUCUGUGAUAGUAUCCUCCAUCAUCAUUUUCCAUACGCCUGUCCAACCCAUCAAUGCGCUUGGAGCUGCCAUCGCAAUUCUUGGCACCUUCCUCUAUUCACAGGCAAAACAGUGAAUAAAUGAGAGAGUUGAGGUGGAAUCAUUGAUAAUGAAGCCUGACCGAGAGAUAUGUUGAGCCCAAGUAGACUGAGCGCGGUGGUUCCCCAAGUAACUAGGGAGAAGGCAAUUUUUCCAGUAGACAAGAAUAAUGUGAUGAGACCUAAGAGUCUUAACCGAAUGUAUUAAUUUCUUCAAUUAUGUUUAUAAAUAUAGAAAAAAAAAAUAGAAAUAGCACUCCUUAUGAUCCAAUUGAAA